AUGAUAGUAUAUAAGUUUUCAGUUCCUAGAAUUCAUAAAUCAAAAACUGUGCCGGUAUUUGUUCCAAUACAAAUAGGUGCAAAUUCCAGUGUAGAAUUAACGAGAGGUAUGGAAAAAAUGUACUUAGCUGAUAAAUAUUGGGAAACGAAAAAAAAAAGUAUUGAAACCCAUAGUAUUCAACAUUCACGGUUGCAAGAAAGAUCUACUUAUGAAAUAGCAUAA